AUGUCUCUUGAUAAAUUUGUAGAAGAGGAGGACGAGCUACAGCAGGCAGCCACCAAGAUCCAGGCAGCAUUUCGAGGCUUCAAAACAAGACAAGAUUUGAAGCAAUCCCAACAUUCAGGAAAAAUAAACAUAGAAGGAAUUGACCUCAAUGACCCUGAACUACAUGAAGCAGCCAUCAAAAUCCAGUCUUCAUUCAGAGGUUUCAAAACAAGACAAGAUUUGAAGGGAUCUCAGUCUUCAGGAUUAGAAAACGUUGAAGGAAUUGACCUCAAUGACCCUGAACUACAAGAAGCAGCCAUAAAAAUCCAGUCUUCAUUCAGAGGUUUCAAAACAAGACAAGAUUUGAAGGGAUCUCAGCCUUCAGGAUUAGAAAACGUUGAAGGAAUUGAUCUCCAUAACCCUGAACUACAAGUAGCAGCCAUAAAAAUCCAGUCUUCUUUCAGAGGUUUCAAAACACGACAACAUUUGAAGGGAUCUCAGUCUUCAGGAUUAGAAAUCGUUGAAGGAAUUGACAUCAAUGACCUUGAACUACAAGAAGCAGCCAUAAAAAUCCAGUCUUCAUUCAGAGGUUUCAAAACAAGACAAGAUUUGAAGAGAUCCCAACAUUCAGAAAUAGAAAACAUUGAAGGAAUUGAUCUCAAUGACCCAGAACUACAAGAAGCAGCCAUAAAAAUCCAGUCUUCAUUCAGAGGUUUCAAAACAAGGCAAGAUUUGAAGGAAUCUCAGCCUUCAGGAUUAGAAAACAUUGAAGGAAUUGACCUCAAUGACCCUGAACUACAAGAAGCAGCCAUCAAAAUCCAGUCUUCAUUCAGAGGUUUCAAAACAAGACAAGAUUUGAAGGAAUCUCAGCCUUCAGGAUUAGAAAACGUUGAAGGAAUUGACCUCAAUGACCCUGAACUACAAGAAGCAGCCAUAAAAAUCCAGUCUUCAUUCAGAGGUUUUAAAACAAGACAAGAUUUGAAGGGAUCCCAACAUUCAGAAAUAGAAAACAUUGAAGGAAUUGAUCUCAAUGACCCUGAACUACAAGAAGCAGCCAUAAAAAUCCAGUCUUCAUUCAGAGGUUUCAAAACAAGACAAGAUUUGAAGGGAUCUCAGCCUUCAGGAUUAGAAAACGUUGAAGGAAUUGACCUCAAUGACCCUGAACUACAAGAAGCAGCCAUCAAAAUCCAGUCUUCAUUCAGAGGUUUCAAAACAAGACAAGAUUUGAAGGGAUCCCAACAUUCAGAAAUAGAAAACAUUGAAGGAAUUGAUCUCAAUGACCCUGAACUACAAGAAGCAGCCAUCAAAAUCCAGUCUUCAUUCAGAGGUUUCAAAACAAGGCAAGAUUUGAAGGAAUCUCAGCCUUCAGGAUUAGAAAACAUUGAAGGAAUUAACCUCAAUGACCAAGAACUACAAGAAGCAGCCAUAAAAAUCCAGUCUUCAUUCAGAGGUUUCAAAACAAGGCAAGAUUUGAAGGGAUCUCAGCCUUCAGGAUUAGAAAACGUUGAAGGAAUUGACCUCAAUGACCCUAAACUACAAGAAGCAGCCAUCAAAAUCCAGUCUUCAUUCAGAGGUUUCAAAACAAGACAAGAUUUGAAGGGAUCUCAGCCUUCAGGAUUAGAAAACGUUGAAGGAAUUGACCUCAAUGACCCUGAACUACAAGAAGCAGCCAUCAAAAUCCAGUCUUCAUUCAGAGGUUUCAAAACAAGACAAGAUUUGAAGGGAUCCCAACAUUCAGAAAUAGAAAACAUUGAAGGAAUUGAUCUCAAUGACCCUGAACUACAAGAAGCAGCCAUCAAAAUCCAGUCUUCAUUCAGAGGUUUCAAAACAAGGCAAGAUUUGAAGGAAUCUCAGCCUUCAGGAUUAGAAAACAUUGAAGGAAUUAACCUCAAUGACCCAGAACUACAAGAAGCAGCCAUAAAAAUCCAGUCUUCAUUCAGAGGUUUCAAAACAAGACAAGAUUUGAAGGGAUCUCAGCCUUCAGGAUUAGAAAACGUUGAAGGAAUUGACCUCAAUGACCCUGAACUACAAGAAGCAGCCAUCAAAAUCCAGUCUUCAUUCAAAGGUUUCAAAACAAGACAAGAUUUGAAGGGAUCCCAACAUUCAGAAAUAGAAAACAUUGAAGGAAUUGAUCUCAAUGACCCUGAACUACAAGAAGCAGCCAUAAAAAUCCAGUCUUCAUUCAGAGGUUUCAAAACAAGACAAGAUUUGAAGGGAUCCCAACAUUCAGAAAUAGAAAACAUUGAAGGAAUUGAUCUCAAUGACCCUGAACUACAAGAAGCAGCCAUAAAAAUCCAGUCUUCAUUCAGAGGUUUCAAAACAAGACAAGAUUUGAAGGGAUCUCAGCCUUCAGGAUUAGAAAACGUUGAAGGAAUUGACCUUAAUGACCCUGAACUACAAGAAGCAGCCAUAAAAAUCCAGUCUUCAUUCAGAGGUUUCAAAACAAGACAAGAUUUGAAGGGAUCUCAGCCUUCAGGAUUAGAAAACGUUGAAGGAAUUGACCUCAAUGACCCUGAACUACAACAAGCAGCCAUCAAAAUCCAGUCUUCAUUCAAAGGUUUCAAAACAAGACAAGAUUUGAAGGGAUCCCAACAUUCAGAAAUAGAAAACAUUGAAGGAAUUGAUCUCAAUGACCCUGAACUACAAGAAGCAGCCAUAAAAAUCCAGUCUUCAUUCAGAGGUUUCAAAACAAGACAAGAUUUGAAGGGAUCCCAACAUUCAGAAAUAGAAAACAUUGAAGGAAUUGAUCUCAAUGACCCUGAACUACAAGAAGCAGCCAUAAAAAUCCAGUCUUCAUUCAGAGGUUUCAAAACAAGACAAGAUUUGAAGGGAUCCCAACAUUCAGAAAUAGAAAACAUUGAAGGAAUUGAUCUCAAUGACCCUGAACUACAAGAAGCAGCCAUAAAAAUCCAGUCUUCAUUCAGAGGUUUCAAAACAAGACAAGAUUUGAAGGAAUCUCAGUCUUCAGGAUUAGAACACGUUGAAGGAAUUGACCUCAAUGACCCUGAACUACAAGAAGCAGCCAUCAAAAUCCAAUCUUCAUUCAGAGGUUUCAAAACAAGACAAGAUUUGAAGCAAUCCCAACAUUCAGAAAUAGAAAACAUUGAAGGAAUUGAUCUCAAUGACCCUGAACUACAAGAAGCAGCCAUAAAAAUCCAGUCUUCAUUCAGAGGUUUCAAAACAAGACAAGAUUUGAAGGGAUCCCAACAUUCAGAAAUAGAAAACAUUGAAGGAAUUGAUCUCAAUGACCCUGAACUACAAGAAGCAGCCAUAAAAAUCCAGUCUUCAUUCAGAGGUUUCAAAACAAGGCAAGAUUUGAAGGGAUCCCAACAUUCAGAAAUAGAAAACAUUGAAGGAAUUGAUCUCAAUGACCCUGAACUACAAGAAGCCGCCAUAAAAAUCCAGUCUUCAUUCAGAGGUUUCAAAACAAGACAAGAUUUGAAGGAAUCUCAGCCUUCAGGAUUAGAAAACGUUGAAGAAAUUGACCUCAAUGACCCUGAACUACAAGAAGCUGCCAUAAAAAUCCAGUCUUCAUUCAGAGGUUUCAAAACAAGACAAGAUUUGAAGGGAUCCCAACAUUCAGAAAUAGAAAACAUUGAAGGAAUUGAUCUCAAUGACCCUGAACUACAAGAAGCAGCCAUAAAAAUCCAGUCUUCAUUCAGAGGUUUCAAAACAAGACAAGAUUUGAAGGGCUCUCAGUCUUCAGGAUUAGAAAACGUUGAAGUAAUUGACCUCAAUGACCCUGAACUACAAGAAGCUGCCAUAAAAAUCCAGUCUUCAUUCAGAGGUUUCAAAACAAGACAAGAUUUGAAGGGAUCCCAACAUUCAGAAAUAGAAAACAUUGAAGGAAUUGAUCUCAAUGACCCUGAACUACAAGAAGCAGCCAUAAAAAUCCAGUCUUCAUUCAGAGGUUUCAAAACAAGACAAGAUUUGAAGGGCUCUCAGUCUUCAGGAUUAGAAAACGUUGAAGGAAUUGACCUCAAUGACCCUGAACUACAAGAAGCAGCUAUCAAAAUCCAGUCUUCAUUUAGAGGUUUCAAAAGAAGUCAAGUUUUGAAGGAAUCAUGUCUUUCAGAAAUAAAAAACAUCGAAGAAAUGGACCUUAGUGACUCUGAACUACAAUUAGCUGCUUUAAAAAUUCAAUCUGCAUAUAGAGGUUUCAAAACCAGGACAAAUUUGAAGAGUUCACAGUUUAAAGUAAAUGAAGAGAUAGACCUUAAUGAUCCAGGACUACAAGCAGCCGCAACGUUAAUUCAGUCAUGCUAUCGUAGUUUCAAAACCAGACAAAAUUUACGAGAAAAUCCUCUAGAUGUUACACAUACUCAUGUAGACAGUCCUGCAACAGAUGUUCAUUCAUUAGUGAAUGGUUCUGAAACAUGCAAGGAAAGUACACUGCAGCACCUAAGUGGAGAGAAGAUAAUGAGGGUGUCUGCAGAAGACGUGCGAGCAGCCACCAUAAUACAAGCCGUCUUUCGUGGAUAUCGCGCAAGAAACAGUCCUCACAGUGAAACUGCAACAGUUCAGAAACCAGGUGUCCGAAUGACUAUUCCCAAUGAAGAAGUAGCUAUUAAAAAAUCCCAAACUACGCAAGAUACAAAUGGAUAUGAUGACAGUGAAGAAAAUACACUUUGUUUAGAAGAGGCAGCAAGAAAAAUACAAUCUGUGUAUAGAGGUCAUUCUGUCAGAAGAAAACAGAAGCACAUUGCACAAAAUGAAAUAAAAAAUAGUGAAAUAAAAUAUAAUAAAUCAAAGGAAAAUGAAAGUAGGAAAAUCUUUGUUGAACCAGAAAUAAUUAUUACUUGUGUAGAUAUGAAUACGAAUACCUUCCCGGAGAUAGAUGAGGAGACCAGCAAGUUGGGUGUGGCGGAGGAUGGAGAUAGAGACAAUUCGAGCAUCUCCACACUAGAUACCAAUCUAUGUUCUCAGAAAGGUUCUGAAUUAACAGUACCAGUUGAUGCUGAAGAAUGGAAUCGUGCAGCAACCAGGAUUCAGAGUGUGUUUAGAGGAUAUCAGACCAGACGACAAGUCAAUAAUCUUCCUAGAAAUAGAAACAAACACAGAGCAGCGACAAAAAUACAAGCAGGUUUCCGAGGUUAUAAAGCACGGAAAAUCCUUAAGAAACCUUCGUGCAAGUCGUGGUGUCCCAGCACAGCAGGUGGGAGGGAGCGAUACCAGGAGGAUGCUGAGGGUGUGGACAUGAGCGACCCACUGCUACUGAGGGCGGUGGUGAAGAUCCAGGCCGCUCUCCGUGGUCACCUGACCAGGAAGGCGCUCAGGACGACAACUUCACAACCUCACCAUGAGGGAGCAUCUUAAGAGCCUCACCAUGAGGGAGCACCUUAAGUGCCCCACCAUCAGGGAGCAUCUUAAGAGCCUUACCAUUAGGGUGAGGAUUACCUCUUGGUCUUUGUUCCAUUAGCUUCUACAUUUUUGCUCCAUUA